UUUCUAAUUAGUUACUGUCAGAGAAAUUUUAACCUUCUCCUUAUCUUGAGUCUUGAAGUAAUUAUUAUACAAUCAACGUGAAAGUGAUAUAACCCUUACAACAUUAUUCAAUUCGAAAAAAUUUUACUUGAAAUUCAAAGCUUUACUAAGAAGCAGAAUUUUAUCAUUUAAAGCGAUGACAAAAGACCCAUCUUUUUUGUCGUCUUUCCUUUAAAAUCUCGUAGUACAAUCUUCGUUUUAUAUAUAUAUCUUUAUUUUAAUACAUGAUUUAUUUCUUUCAAUUGUUAAUACAAUAUAUCCACGUGUUUAAUAGAUCAUGUGGAAUUCAAAAAUUAGUGAACGUGAUGAACCACACAUUAGAACUUAUGCCGAGAUAUUAAAACAAAAACAGGAUGAUGAAGGAUAUCAAACAACAAGUUCAAUACGACAAGAUCGUGUUGAAAAUGAUAUACUGAAAUUAUAUAAAUUAAGUAAUGAACCUGUUUUAACAAGACAGAAACAUAUUCAGUUCUUAAAAAAAUCUUUGUUUCAUCUUACUGAAGCUUACCAGUGUUUAGAUUCUAGCAGACCGUGGCUAUGUUAUUGGAGUCUACAUUCUCUUCAAAUCCUAGGAGAACGUUUAGAAUAUGAUGAAUAUUCAAAAAUUAUUGGUUUUUUGGCCAAAUGUCAAUCACCAGAAGGAGGCUUUGGAGGAGGUCCAGGGCAGCAUCCUCAUUUAGCCUCUACAUAUGCAGCAAUAAAUGCUUUAUGUACUAUUGGUACUCCUCAAGCUUAUCAAGUAAUUGAUAGAAAAGGGCUUAAACAAUUUUUAGCAUCUUUACAUGGAGAAGAUGGUUCUUUCAGUCUACAUAAAGAUGGAGAAACAGAUAUAAGAGGAAUAUAUUGUGCUCUUUCUGUAGCAAAACUGACAAAUGUAUAUACACCUGAAAUAUUUAAGGGAAGUGAAAGUUGGAUAGCUAAAUGUCAAACAUGGGAAGGUGGUUUUGGUGGUUCUCCUGGCAUGGAAGCUCAUGGAGGAUAUGGAUUUUGUGGGUUAGCAGCACUUAUGCUUCUUGGAAAACCUCACUUCUGUUGUUUGAAAUCAUUUCUGAGGUGGAUAGUAAACAAACAAAUGCGUUUGGAAGGUGGAUUCCAGGGGCGCACAGAGAAACUAGUAGAUGGCUGUUAUUCAUUUUGGCAAGGUGGAGCCUUUCCACUGAUUCAUACAAUUUUAAGUAUGGAGAACAAAGUGUUUAAUUCCGCAUAUUGGUUGUUUAAUCAAGAGGCCUUACAAGAAUAUUUAUUAAUCUGCUGCCAACAUCCUCAUGGGAGUCUUGUAGACAAGCCUGAAGUCAAGAUGUAUAUCAUACAUGUUAUGCACUUAGCGGAUUGUCAAUUGCACAGAAUUCCCCAUUGCCAUUGAUCAUUGGAUCGCCUAAUUUAAAUUUAGUGAAAAUAAUUCAUCCUUUGUAUAAUUUAGAAAAUUCUUGUGCAAUUAAUGCAUUGAAAUAUUUUAAUACGCUGCCGAUACCUGACUGAGCAUAUAUUUAAUAUUCAAAAUAAAUUGAUAGAAUAUAAA